AUGCAGCGCGCUCUUACAUCCCGCGCCAGAGCGUCCAUCGCUUCCUCCGCCGCUACCAAGUUCCGCCCCGGCGCCGGCCUGGGCCAACAGCUUCGCUUUGCCCACAAGGAGCUCAAGUUCGGUGUCGAGGGCCGCGCUUCUCUGCUGGCUGGUGUUGAGACUCUGGCCAAGGCCGUUGCCACGACACUUGGUCCCAAGGGUCGUAACGUUCUCAUUGAGUCAAGCUAUGGCUCCCCCAAGAUCACAAAGGACGGUGUAACUGUCGCCAAGGCCAUCACCUUGAAGGACAAGUUCGAGAACCUCGGUGCCAGACUCCUCCAGGAUGUCGCCUCCAAGACCAACGAGACCGCCGGUGACGGUACCACGACCGCUACUGUCCUCGCCCGCGCCAUCUUCUCCGAGACCGUCAAGAACGUCGCCGCUGGCUGCAACCCUAUGGACCUGCGCCGUGGUAUCCAGGCCGCCGUCGAUGCCGUCGUCGAGUACCUCCAGAAGAACAAGAGAGAUAUCACUACCAGCGAGGAGAUUGCUCAGGUCGCCACUAUCUCUGCCAACGGUGACCAGGCUCUCGGCCGCAUGAUUGCCAACGCCAUGGAGAAGGUCGGCAAGGAGGGUGUCAUCACCGUCAAGGAGGGCAAGACUCUGGUCGACGAGCUCGAGGUCACCGAGGGUAUGCGCUUCGACCGUGGUUUCGUCUCCCCCUACUUCAUCACCGAUGCCAAGUCCCAGAAGGUCGAGUUCGAGAAGCCCCUGAUCCUCCUCUCCGAGAAGAAGAUCUCCGCCGUCCAGGAUAUCAUCCCCGCUCUUGAGGCCUCCACCCAGAUGCGCCGCCCUCUCGUCAUCAUUGCUGAGGACAUUGAGGGUGAGGCUCUCGCCGUCUGCAUUCUCAACAAGCUCCGUGGCCAGCUCCAGGUUGCCGCUGUCAAGGCCCCCGGCUUCGGUGACAACCGCAAGUCCAUCCUCGGUGACUUAGCUGUCCUCACCAACGGCACGGUCUUCACCGACGAGCUUGACAUCAAGCUCGAGAAGGCCACCCCCGACAUGCUCGGCUCCACUGGCUCCAUCACCAUUACCAAGGAGGACACCAUCUUCCUGAACGGCGAGGGUGGCAAGGACUCCAUUGCUCAGCGCUGCGAGCAGAUCCGUGGUGUCAUGAACGACCCUACCACCUCCGAGUACGAGAAGGAGAAGCUUCAGGAGCGUCUGGCCAAGCUCUCUGGUGGUGUCGCCGUCAUCAAGGUCGGUGGCUCCUCCGAGGUCGAGGUCGGUGAGAAGAAGGACCGCUUCGUCGAUGCCCUGAACGCCACCCGCGCCGCCGUUGAGGAGGGUAUCCUGCCCGGUGGUGGUACCGCCCUCAUCAAGGCCUCUGCCCUGGCCCUGAAGGACGUCAAGACCGCCAACUUCGACCAGCAGCUCGGUGUCAGCAUCGUCAAGAACGCCAUCACCCGCCCCGCCCGCAGCAUCGUCGAGAACGCCGGUCUUGAGGGCUCUGUCAUCGUUGGUAAGCUCACCGACGAGUUCGCCAACGAGUUCAACAAGGGCUUCGACAGCGCCAAGGGCGAGUACGUCGACAUGAUUGCUGCCGGUAUCCUCGACCCCUUCAAGGUCGUCCGCACCGGUCUCGUUGACGCCAGCGGUGUUGCCUCCCUGCUCGGCACCACUGAGGUCGCCAUCGUUGAGGCUCCUGAGGAGAAGGGCCCUGCCGCCGGUGGUAUGGGCGGUAUGGGAGGUAUGGGCGGCAUGGGCGGCAUGGCCCACUUUCCCGCCUUCUGUCCUAGCCACACCCCCGCCAUAAACCAGCAUCAUGCUGGCUCCAUCCCCAUUCCCGCGAAGAACCGCCGCAGUGCUAACCCGACUUCCCCCACCAGAGCGACCGUCUCGCAGGAGUGCAUAACGGCCUACAACGACCUUAAGCUCUCCAAGAAGUACAAGUACAUCAUCUACAAGCUGUCGGAUGACAACAAGGAGAUCGUCGUUGAGGAGGCUUCGGCCGAUAAGGACUGGGAGAACUUCCGCGAGAAGCUGAUCAACGCCACCUCCAAGACCAAGAGCGGUGCUGUUGGCAAGGGCCCCCGUUACGCCGUCUACGACUUCGAGUACAGCCUUGCCUCUGGCGAGGGUGAGCGCAACAAGAUCACCUUCCUUGCCUGGUCCCCCGAUGAUGCCGGUGUCAUGGCCAAGAUGAUCUACGCCUCUUCCAAGGAGGCUCUCAAGCGCUCCCUGACCGGCAUUGCGACCGAGCUCCAGGCCAACGACGCCGAUGACAUCGAGUACGACUCUAUCCUCAAGACCGUCAGCAAGGGCAUGGCUGGUUAA